UUUUCACUACAAGAUGUGUAUAAAAGACCCAAACUUCUAUGUGUUGAAAUAGACUUUUGUUACAACUUACAACACAUGGUUACAAGUUUUAAAAACAGAAAUGUUACUUGAAUAUCUGUUGUAUAAGCUAAAAUGAUAAUAUGACCGGUUGGUUACUUUAACUCACAGAAAAUAAUUGCCUAGGUGGCCAGAGCUUAACACAUGGCUACAAGUUUUAAAAACAAAAAUGUUACUUGAAUAUGUGUUAUAUAAGCCAAAAAUGAUAAUAUGACCAGUUAGUUACUUUAACUCACAGAAAAUAGUUACAUAGGUGGCCAGGGCUUAUAACACACCUAAAUGUUCAAAAAAUCAAUUGAUAUAUUUACUUAAUUAAGAAAAAGAAAUUAAAAAACAACGAAUUGACUUCCCAAAAAUUACUGGCUUCCAUAAUCUGGUAAAAACUUUUUAUUAUAUAAAUCAUCUCGACCUAUCCAAUUUUUUUACUAAAUCAUCUUUGUUUCACAACACAAUAAACAAAACUAUACACUUUGAAUUACACAUUCACGGUACUUAUGGCAGCUCAAGUUUUAAAUAAAACUUAUAGGGCAUUCAUGAUUUUAACUUUAUUUACAGUGAUUUGUUUGAUACAAAUUUCUGAUUCUAUCCCAGGAGAUGUGUGUAUAAAAGAUUGUGUCAUAAAUCAAUGCAUGAAAGCAUCAAAAAAAGCAACUCCGGCAAUUUGUGACAACCCGUGCAAGAUCAUUUGUGAUCCAAUGAAUAAUGAGCGAUACGUUACCCCUAGUCAAGGUUAUCGAAAUCCUGUAAAAAGGUUUUGCGAAACAUUUAGCUGGAUAUGUCAGUAACUGGGAAAAUAUUUCUACAACAAAACUGGAAAACUAAGCGUCUAAUUUAUUUGUAAUGUAUAUUUAUAUGUUAUAUUGUUUGAGCUAUAUAUAUACCUCAUUAAAAGUAUAUGCUAUUUAAAAAAAUUGUAAUUAUUCGAUCAAAAUAUGCUUAUCAUAAAAAAAAAUUUAGGUUCCAUUUUUAAUCUCUUAAAAAUCAGCACUGAAAUUGUGAUUGUAUUUGUGAAAUCAUAUUAUAUAAGUAAAAAAUGGAAAAUAUUUCUAUUACUUUAAAAAUAUAUUUCAUAUUAUAUAAAGAAAAUAUUUCUAUUACUUUAAAAAUAUAUUUCAUAUUAUAUAAAAAAAUUUAGGUUCCAUUUUUAAUCUCUUAAAAAAUCAGCACUGAAAUUGUGAUUUUUUUG